AUGCUAUCACGAUCUAUCGGCAGGUUCAUGGCAUCCGAAGUCAAGAAAGUGCCCAUCCCCCGCCGUGGGGUGGACUACCGGGGCAAAGUCGUGCUCGCGCCCAUGGUCCGCUCGGGCGAGCUGCCUUCGCGCCUGCUCGCCCUUCACUACGGCGCCGACCUCGUGUGGGGCCCCGAAACGGUCGACAAGGCUAUCAUCGGAACCACCCGAAAGGUCAACCCCGUGACCAACACGAUCGAUUGGACGCGGAUCCCCUCCUUCGGCCAGAAGGAGCCGCCCCCGGACGCCAAGGAGGCCGUCGUGUUCAGCACGCACCCCGCGAAGGAAGCCGGCAGGCUCAUCUUCCAGGUCGGCACAGCGGAUCCGGACCUCGCCGUGCAGGCGGCGCGCCUCGUCGCCGGCGACGUCGCCGGCAUCGACGUCAAUGCCGGCUGCCCCAAGCCCUUCAGCACGCACAGCGGCAUGGGCGCGCAGCUCCUGCGCACGCCCGACAAGCUCUGCGCCAUCCUCGAGGCUCUCGUCGCGACCGUCGUGCCCGAGUUUGAGAUUGGCGUCAGCGUCAAGAUCCGCCUGCUGGCGACGCCGCCCGAGACCGAGGCCCUCGUGCGCCGCCUCGUCGCCACGGGCAUCACGGGCCUGACGGUGCACUGCCGCACGACGCCCAUGCGCCCGCGCGAGCCCGCCAUCCGCGGCCAGCUGCGCAUGGUGGCCGACAUUUGCCGCGAGGCCGGCGUCGCGUGCCUCAUGAACGGCGACGUCGACGGCCGCGACAGCGCGCUGCAGCUCAUGCGCGAGUACGGCGUCGACGGCGCCAUGAUCGCCACGGCCGCCGAGAAGAACGCCAGCUGCUUCCGGGCCCAGGCCGACGGCGGCCUCGCCGGCUGGCGCGAGGUGACCGAGGUGCACACGAAGCUGGCCAUGGAGGUGGGCAACAAGUUUGGCAACACAAAGUACACGCAGAACCAGAUGAUCCCCGGCAAGCGCGAGACGCUGCAGCUGCUCAUCAAGGCCAAGAGCUACACGCAGCUCUGCAGGGCGCUCGGCCACGACGCCCUGCUCGAGAAGGCGCGCGAGACGGACCUCUACCUGGACCUCAGCCCCGACGGCGAGAAGGUCUCCAAGAAGGCCAAGAAGAGGGCCAACGCCAGUGCUCUGGCGGCUGGCGGCAACUCGGGCCAGGACCGCGUCAACCAGGCCGUCAAGACCAUGUCGGCGAGAGGCGUCCAAAAGUCUGCAGAGCUGCCGCAGCCAUCUGUUGCCCUCCCGACGUGA